AUGCGAGUCAUAGACUGGCAUCAGCAGCCACAUUUACCACCACCACAGGUUCUACCACAUUCUCAUCAUCAUCAUCCAUCGGCUCACCAUGCACAUCUUAUACAUCCGGGACCGGGAGGACGAAUUCAUCAAGUGUUACAACCAGGACCACCGUUUCCACCGCCGCAACCGUAUUCGCCAGAAUAUCGAAUCUAUGAUUUUAAUAAACGUUUAUCAUCGAGAACAGAAGACUGUGAUAAUUUAUGGUGGGAUCAGCUUAUAACAGACUUUUUUGAAGAAGAUGCCACAUUAACACUGACAUUUUCGUUAGAAGAUGGACCAAAGCGUUUCACCAUUGGGCGUACAUUAAUUCCUCGAUAUUUUCGUACAAUAUUUGACGGUGGUGUCAAUGAACUCUAUUUUGUUUUAAAACAAACAAAGGAAUCAUUUCAUACAACAACAAUUACACUUGAUAGUGAGCUGAGCACAAUGGUGUCAUGUUUUGGAAAACCAAUGUACAUUAAGGUUUGCACUGAAGGCCAAUUGAUACUAGAGUUUACGUUUGAUGACUUGAUGAGAAUCAAGUCGUGGCAUUUUAGCAUUAAAUCAUUUCGUGAACUCAUUCCAAGAAGUGUUAUAGCUAUGCCAUCUGAUUCUGGAUAUUUGGAACAACUGACUAAAAAUAUCACUCGUUGUGGUUUAACAACUGAUACACUACAUUUUCUCAAAUUGUGUGUGUUGCUUGAACCAAUGCAAGAGUUAAUGUCUAGACAUAAAACGACCCGUUUUUCCCCUCGUGAAUGUCUUAGAACACUAUUACAUCAAAAAUGGUCAAGAGUUUGUCCGGAUACCCGACCCCCUGCUAAAACUCGUCGAAAACGCAAAUCGAAUAUGGCCAAUAAUACAAGUGCAAAAGAUAAUAUAAAUCAUUGUUCAACACCCACAUCCCAUGCAAAAAAACGAUCACCCGCACCACCAUUACAUUCAUCUUAUUCAGGGAGUGGUGUAGGAAAUCAUUUAGCAGGGGAUGUAAUGAUUGUUGGAGAGCCAUCUUUAAUGGGCGGCGAUCUCGAUGAAGAAGACGAAAGAUACAUUACUCGUUUAGAAAAUACUCAAUACGAUUCGGGAGCUGCGAUGAGCAUGCUUUCUCAUGUUCAUCCUCUACAUCAACAUCAUCUUCAACAGCAACAGCAAUCGUUUCAAACUGAUAACAAAUCCAUGAUAAUGAAACAAAAUGAUAAUAAUAAUAAUACGAGACUGUUAAGUCCAUUUCAACAACAACAACAAUUUGUUUUAAAUCAUAUGAAACGAGAAGUUAAUCAGCCACCAUCUUCUUCUCCUAAUAAUUCUUCACAAUUGCCAUCAAUGUUUAAUUCAUCACCAUCCUCAAACACAUCUUCAACAUCAUCGUCGACAAAUCAAGUAACACUACUGAGUGGAAAUAUAAUGCAAAAUAAUAAUAAUAAUCAUACAAAUCAUGUCGUAGCAUCAAAUAGCAACAGUAACGGUAGUACAUGUAGUAAUAACAGUAACAAUGGAAAUACUACGAAUAAUAACAAAACAGUAACCAAUUAUAAACAAAAUCUUCUACCUCCUCCUCCUCCUCCUCCUCAGGGAACACAGAAAACAUCGCUAACAGCGACUAGUGGGCAGGCAGCAAAUUUAAAUUCGCCACCUGUAUCACAAACACCAAUCAUAACGGGGAAUAAUUACCAGACUUCUCCAUCGAUCAACACAAAUGUAAACAAUACUCCUGCAUCUUCAACAUCUAGUGCAACACCUAACACUUGGAAUGGUACUUCAUCUUCAACAUCUACUGUUAAUGUUGUUAUAGCAGAAAAAAAACUUGAACCACAUACGCCACCCGCACAAGUACAACCACCGCCAUCUACACCUCAAACAAUAUCGACUGUUUCAUAA